AUGGCCUCUCCCAAAGUCUGGUUUAUAACAGGGACGUCCUCAGGAUUCGGAAGAUCUAUGACGGAGUACGCACUCAACCAAGGCGACACCGUAGUAGCAACCCUCCGCAAACCACAAGUCCUAUCCGAUCUUGCAGCCCGAUACUCAGCAGACAAGCUCCUUGUACUCAAAGUCGAUGUUACGAAGCAAGAGGACAUCGACGAAGCAUUUGCGCGCACACGUGAAGCAUUUGGACGGCUGGACGUAGUGUUCAACAAUGCCGGAUAUGGACUUUUCACGGAAAUUGAAGGCACGCCCGAUGAUAAAGCGCGUGAACUUUUCGAGACAAAUUUUUGGGGUGCGACGAAUGUUAGUCGCGCUGCCGUGAAAUUUUUUAGGGAGGUGAAUGAACCGGGCAAGGGGGGGAUAAUUCUUCAAGUCAGUUCGAUUGCUGGGUUUCAUGCGCUUCCUGGGCUGAGUUAUUAUGCUGCCACGAAACACGCGCUCGAGGGUUUCUCAGAUGGUCUUGCAAGAGAGCUGCCAGCUUCCUGGAACAUAAAUAUCUGUAUCAUUGAACCCGGGGCAUUCCACACAAAUGGAACCAAAGGAGCAAUGGUAUUACCGCACCAUCCAGCAUACGCUGACGAAUCCUUUCCGACUUCGAGGCUCCGUCGAGUGGCAGAAGGCGCGGUUUUUGAAGGAGAUGCAGAAAAGUUCGUGCGGACUGUGUAUGAGGUUGUGCAGGGAGGAAAGAUACCGAAGCGGUUGCCUAUGGGUUUGGAUGCGCUUGAAGCGCUGAAUCUUAGGAUUGAGAGUUUGAAGGCGACUGUGGACGAGACAAAGGGAUGGUCAGAAGAUUUGAGGAGAGCUGAUGGAGGAGUCCAGCUACUUCUCUAAAGUAACUUCAACUAGUUUAUCUAGACAUCCCGUAGGAAUGGAGUCGAUGUGACAGUUAAACUUAUUGUGCCACUGAUACUUAUGAGACACUAUGCUAGUCUCAAGCUAGAGAGGUUCCGAACUCAUGACCUUGUUCCGGUUGCUUUCGCUGACGGCUGCAGUGGGUUUUGUGGACCAUGGCGAGUCAGUGGCUCAUCGAUCAUGUCAUGAACGAAUUGACAUGCAGACUCGGACAACUCGGAGAACUUGAACGCGUGCACUGUGCAUUGACAAAAACAUGAUCGACGACACGAGCAAUGCAAUGCAAAUCGACAACAAUGUGAUGUUUUUACGAAAUGAUGAACAGACAAACUCAGAUCUCACAUUGUCCAGUUUUCAC